UCUGUAAUGCUGGAAAUAUUCUGAGAAGAAAAGAAAGAGCAAGUCCUGGGAAAACCUUUUCUCAGUUUUCCCUCUCAGAAAACUUUCGUGUUUAUUCUUUUUAUCUAAACUCGGUAAAAUCUAAAUAAGUCGUCAAAGUCAACUCAGCGGAGUCUCACGUAGAAUGAACUAUGCAUCGAUUAAGAAGCAGAGGCACCUCGCUUCUAGGUUCUAUGGCAGUUCCCCACUUGAAGAGAAAAGCCCUUAAUUCUUGGGCUGCUGUUCAAGAUACCUACUUCUCCACCAAGGAUACAUUUGAGAGGCAUAAGGUGGUAUUUACAGUAGGAACUUCUAUAGCUUCAGUUGCUACAGCAUGGUUUGGGUACUCUUUACGGCAUUAUCAUGAAACAAAAGUUGAUCAAAGGCUUGAAUCAAUUGAGAAAGCUAUGCAAAACAAUUAUCAUCUUGAGCACACAGACAUCAAAAAACUUGUUGACCCAGGGCCUUCCAAGACUGCUGCUUGGGUUGCAACGGCUGGAACUGCUCUUGUUGUUGGAUAUGGCUUGGGUUGGCGAGGUGGAACAUGGUAUGCAAAUAGAAAGUUCAGAAAGGAGCAGUUGAAACUACUAGGGCAGAUAAAACCUAAAAGAUGGGAAUUGCUGGGACAAAUAAAACCUAGAGGGUGGCAACUCCGGUUCCUUAAAUCAUCAGCAAGAUCCCGAGGGCCAGAAAGUACAUUGAAAGCAUCUGAAAAGAUGCUAAAGAAUGCUCCUGCCUCGUGCAAUUCUGUGGAAGCCAAUCAAUCAUGUUAACACUCACAAUCAUGACAGCAACUGUUAGAGAUUUUUGCCCAAUAUAAAAGAAAAAGAAACUAUUACUGGCAGUCUUACACCCGAUAAGAUUGUUUUGUCUAUAAUAUCAUUCUUUUGUCGGAAUAGAAAUUCAUAGUUUCUUCUGCUGCUUUCUCACUUUAGAUGGAUCAUUCUGGGACUCCAUUUAUGUUCUUAGUGCAAUUUUCUUUCGAGUGAAGUGAUUGGGGAUCUAUGCAUGCCCCCUAGGCUCCUAUACAGAGUCUUUUCGGGAUGUUGCUUAUGCACUCUCAGGGCAAUUUUGUCACUAUUUAGUUUUUCGUCGUAUGGGACAAAAAUUUGCUUUGGAACCUUUGGUGUCAAUUUAGGAUUGAUGUUAUUAUUGUUGUUA